AUGUCUCUCAAAACUCAGAGAAGAGAAGAGAGGAGGAACGGAACACUGCAGUGCACUGCAGGACACAACAGAACUGCCACCGGCAGCUCACAACUGGAUUUGAGGCGCCUCAAACCAGCAUACAAGUCACUCCGUUCCCUCCUCACUCCCCCCAUCACUCUGCUGCUCCUCCCUUCCCAGGAGGUACCAGCAGUCAUUGGCUCCCAUUGCUGCUCCUCCCAGCAGGUGGCCUUCUCUUCUGCUCCUACUGCUCCUCACUUCCCAGCAGGUGGCCUUCUCUUCUGCUCCUACUGCUCCUCACUUCCCAGCAGGUGGCCUUCUCUUCUGCUCCUACUGCUCCUCACUUCCCAGCAGGUGGCCUUCUCUUCUGCUCCUACUGCUCCUCACUUCCCAGCAGGUGGCCUUCUCUUCUGCUCCUACAGCUCCUCACUUCCCAGCAGGUGGCCUUCUCUUCUGCUCCUACUGCUCCUCACUUCCCAGCAGGUGGCCUUCUCUUCUGCUCCUACUGCUCCUCACUUCCCAGCAGGUGGCCUUCUCUUCUGCUCCUACAGCUCCUCACUUCCCAGCAGGUGGCCUUCUCUUCUGCUCCUACUGCUCCUCACUUCCCAGCAGGUGGCCUUCUCUUCUGCUCCUACUGCUCCUCACUUCCCAGCAGGUGGCCUUCUCUUCUGCUCCUACAGCUCCUCACUUCCCAGCAGGUGGCCUUCUCUUCUGCUCCUACUGCUCCUCACUUCCCAGCAGGUGGCCUUCUCUUCUGCUCCUACUGCUCCUCACUUCCCAGCAGGUGGCCUUCUCUUCUGCUCCUACAGCUCCUCACUUCCCAGCAGGUGGCCUUCUCUUCUGCUCCUACUGCUCCUCACUUCCCAGCAGGUGGCCUUCUCUUCUGCUCCUACUGCUCCUCACUUCCCAGCAGGUGGCCUUCUCUUCUGCUCCUACUGCUCCUCACUUCCCAGCAGGUGGCCUUCUCUUCUGCUCCUACUGCUCCUCACUUCCCAGCAGGUGGCCUUCUCUUCUGCUCCUACUGCUCCUCACUUCCCAGCAGGUGGCCUUCUCUUCUGCUCCUACAGCUCCUCACUUCCCAGCAGGUGGCCUUCUCGUCUGCUCCUACAGCUCCUCACUUCCCAGCAGGUGGCCUUCUCGUCUGCUCCUACAGCUCCUCACAUCCCAGCAGGUGCCAGCAGUCUCCUCUGCUCCUCUGCAGUGGUGUCAUUGCUACUGCCACCGCUACUGUCUCCUCUUGCAAUCCCUUCUGCUCCCACUGCUGCUGCCACCGCUGGUGACACUGCUGGCCUUCUCUUCUGCUCACCGCCCCAUCACUUCACAGCACCAGCAGCAGCUAACGGAAGGGAGGUAGGAGCAAGGAAAGUAGCAGUUGUCGUCCCAUCACUUCAUAGCGCCAGCAGCAGCACAGGCAAGAGAGGCGGGACCACAAGGCAGCAGCAGGUGGUAACAGCUCGAUCUUUCUCUUCUCUGCCCCGCAACUCUGCUCCCCCUUUCACUCUGCUCCCCCUUCCAUCUGCUUCAUCCCCUUCACAUCUGCUUCAUUCCCUUCACAGCUGCUUCAUCCCCUUCACAGCUCCUUGGCAGCAAAAGGUAGCUAAAGGUAGGUACAGCUCGCUGGCAUCGCUCAUGGCAGUCCAGCGCGCUUGUAGCAGCCGUCUCCUCUGCCCGCCUGUAGCAGCCGUCUCCUCUGCCUGCCUGUAG